AUGCGGAACUUUCCAACAGUUUCAGAGGGAAGUCCUGAAUUUCGAAUCCUUCCUUUGAUGCAACCCAUCGAGGAUGAUACAAUACAGAUCGAUAAAAUACGUUCUUUAACUCAUUCCGGAUUAAAUGGAGCACCUCCAGAAGAUCGCGCUCUUUCUUGGCUAGCAUUAAUAGGAUUGUAUCCUAUGCAUGCUAGAGAAUGGCCUGAUAUCAGGUCAGAGCUAAAUCAAGUAUAUAGAUCUUAUAUUGCCGAAUUUAAAUUAGAAGAGUGGCAUAACAAAAGCAUUCAAGUACAUUGCACUAAAGAUGUAUUUGACGUUGACGAUAAGUCACUUAUGGAUAUUGUUCAUAAAGAUGUUGUUAGAACGGCAAAACAUAUAUUUAUGCUCCCUCCAUGCCCUCUCCAGGGUGAACCUGAUGAUGGGUCAAUGCUUGUUUUAUAUUCCGUCCAUAUACGCCGUUUAGAAAGAAUAUUGUACAUUUUAGGAAAAGUUUAUCGACCUUUUGGAUAUAUGCAAGGAUUUAACGAACUUAUUAUGCCAUUUUAUACAGUUUUCUAUUCAUCAAAAUCAAUAUUUCACGAUGAUAUCGAAGUUGAAGCUUUAUCUUUUAAUUGCUUGCUGCGCUUACUCGGACAAACUAAUCUUAUUGAAUUAUUCAUGACAAUGAACAAAUCAGAAAAUUUACUCGCAAGAUUAAGUUUGUUUAAUAAAGUUUUAGAAAGUAAGAUUCCAGAAAUCAACAAACACUUGAAGCAACAGGAUAUCUAUCCACUUCUUUAUGCAUUUAAAUGGUUCUGUCUUCUAUUUUGCCAGAAUCAUGAGAUGCCAGUUAUUCACGAAAUUUGGGAUUCAUUACUGACUCAUUUUGACAGACUUAUUGACUUUGCUUUUUACAUCGGCGCCGCAGAAAUGAAAAUGGUCGAAAAUCAAAUUUUGAGUUCUCAAUUUAGUGAUACGCUUCAAAUCUUGCAGAACAUACAUAUAAAUGAUAUAUAUUCAGUACUUAGCAUCGCAAAUAAAUGGUGGCAUGAUGAUACAAAGCCUCAUAUGCUCAAUUCACUUAAAGGAGCAAUUAAAUCCUUUAUGCAUUAA